CAGGAGGCGGUCGCCUCAUGGACAAGUUUCGGAAAUGGUAUUACAAUGCAGCUGGAUUCAACAAACUAGGAUUAAUGCGAGAUGAUACAUGGUAUGAAGAUGAUGAUGUAAAAGAAGCGGUGAGGAGACUCCCAGAACAUCUUUACAAUGAAAGAAUGUUUCGCAUAAAGCGAGCACUCGAUCUAAGCCUGAAACAUCAGAUCCUUCCAAAAGACCAGUGGGUGAAGUAUGAAGAGGAUCAGCAUUAUCUUGAACCAUACUUAAAAGAAGUAAUCCGUGAAAGACUUGAAAGAGAAGAAUGGAACAAGAAAUAACUAUUGAACUACUUCAUGCGAAUAUCCACAUAUUUCUGAUAUUUUUGAACAUUUGGUUAUAGAAGUCUACUGGGAGGAAAAUGUGAGGCUGAGGAAUACUGUUUCAGGUUGUUCAUUGAAUCUAUUCAUCCAAGUAAAAUAAACAUGUCAAAGUAUAAAA